UGCCAAUGCUCCUUUUACCCUUUCUCUGUUGGUGCAGGGUGAAGAAGGUCUUCAGGAUGUCCUGAGAAUUCUGCAGGAUGAGUUUCGCUUGUCUAUGGCCUUAGCUGGCAGGAGGAGAACCAAGCUAAAGAGACAGUGAGUUCACCACUGAGGAGCAACCCAGAGCAAUGUCCCUGGCUGGGGUAAGCUGCCUGGUAACUGGAGCAGGAGGAUUUCUUGGUCAGAGGAUUGUGCGCUUGCUGCUGGAAGAAGAGGAGGCGCUGGCAGAGAUCCGGCUGCUGGACAAAGCCUUCAGCAAUGAAGUGCUUGGGAGAUUUGAAAAGUUCAAGGGUCAGACUGAGGUGAAAAUCCUGGAAGGGGACAUCCGAGAUGUGACAUUCCUGCGCCGUGCCUGCCAGGGGAUCUCCCUCGUAAUACACACAGCUUCCCUCAUUGACACCCUGGGCCUCAUCGAGAACAAGCUGCUCUGGGAAGUCAAUGUAACAGGUACUCAAUUGUUGCUGGAGGCGUGUGUCUGCUGUAACGUCCAGCACUUCAUAUACACCAGUACCAUAGAAGUCACAGGCCCAAACUGCAAGGGUGACCCAAUUUUCAAUGGUGAUGAAGAUACAGCUUAUGAGAGCACAUCCAAAUUUCCUUAUGCCCAAAGCAAGAGACAGGCAGAGGAUUAUGUGCUGAAAGCAGAUGGCCAAGUGCUGAAGGAUGGUGGCAUGCUGAUGACCUGUGCCCUGAGAUCCAUGUACAUUUUUGGGGAAGGCUGCCCAUUUCUCCAAGGCCAUCUGGAUAAGUGCCUGUUGAACAAGAACGUCUACCUGCGCUUCUCCAGGAAGGAGGCUCUGGUGAACCCUGUGUACGUGGGGAACAUUGCCUGGGCACAUGUGCAGGCAGCCAAAGCCCUCCGAGCCCCGCAGAAAGCCAAGCACAUCAGGGGCAAGUUCUACUACAUCUCAGAUGACACUCCUCACAUGAGCUACGCUGAUCUGAAUUACGAGCUGACCAAGGACCUGGGGUUUGGAAUUGAGCCCCAGCUCCCCAUGCCUCUGACAGUGCUCUAUUACUUCGCGCUGCUGCUGGAGAUCGUGAGUUUCUUGCUGCGGCCCUUUGUCAGAUACAUCCCCUCCACCAACCGACACCUGGUCACACUGCUGAACACCCCCUUCACCUUUUCUUAUAGAAAAGCACAGCAGGAUUUUGGCUACAUGCCCCGCUACUCAUGGGAAGAGGCCAAGCAGGGCACUGGUGAGUGGAUUGCCUCUGUGAUCCCCCAGAGAAGGCUGUACUUGCAAAGCAGCACUGCCUAAGCCUGAAGGGGAGCUGAAACCCAGCUAAGAAAGUAGGGCCUUGAGCCAGAGGAAAACUGGGCAAGCAGAAGCAGCAGUAAACGACAAGCAUUUAAAUGAAUUCUUUGUGUAAGAGCCUACUGAAAUCCCUCACCCCCAAUCUCAGAAUAAAUAAAAGUGAAAUGUUCA